GCACAAUGCUGGCAUUGGGGACGGCGUUUUCUGCCGUGCGUCUGGGCACCUCAGCUCCAGCCCAACCUCGCCUGACUUUGGGAAGCCGGCAACCGGAGCCCAGCCGUCCGCAAGGAGAAAAGAGCGAGAUGAUGAUUUGUGGCCAUGGCUUACAGGAUCAUAAACAAAAGGAGGCACAUGGGACUGCAACAACUGUCAUCAUUUGCAGAAACAGGAAGAACUUUCCUCGGCCCAGUAAAAUCAUCCAAAUUUAUUACAGAUGAAGAAUGUCACGAGAGUGUGCUAAUCAGUUCAACAGUACGGCUUCUUCAAAGUUUGGAUUUAACCAGUGCAGUGGGACAACUUCUCAAUGAAGCAGUUGAAGCACACAAUAACACAUAUAGGACUGGAACCAGUACUCUUCUGUUUCUUGUUGGUGCAUGGAGCAGUGCUGCUGAAGAAUGUCUUCAUUUGGGUGUUCCCAUUUCACUGAUAGUGUCUGUAAUGUCAGAAGGCUUGAACUCUUGCAUUGAAGAGGUAGUUUCCCUUCAAGUGCCUAUCUACAAUGUGUUUGACCAUAUAGACAGCACAAAGACAUUUUCUGGACUUGAAACAUUUAGUGUCAGUUUAUGCCCUUUUCUACAGAUCCCUUCAGAUACUAGUUUGAAACAGAAAGAGCAUGAUCUCAAAGAUGUUGCUUGUCAACCACUGACCAUUUACAGUCUUUCUGGAAGACCUGUUAAGUCACCUACACUCUUUAGAUCUCAGUCUAAUAAUGAAAUAGAUAAAAACACGUCACAAAACCCUCAGACUCUGAAAAACAGUCUGCUUGCAGACACCCACUGCAGAAAGUCAAUACUAGUCUACAGCAGGCAUUUUAAUAGGACAGGUAAUAAUCAAUGGAUAAGCAAACCAGAUGGAUUUCUAGAACAACAUGAUGCAGCUACUCCCAGAACUUACAGAUGUAAUGAUCUGGUAGAGUUAGAGGUGGGUUUGAGUCACGGAGAUCCCAGCAGCAUGAAAUUAGUAGCAGAAGCAAUACGGCUGCAGUAUCGGAACACAAGUAUGCGCCAAGGCAGCUGUACAAUGCCAUUUAUGUUUGAUAUUUCAAGAAUCUUCACUUGCUGUUUAUCUGGUUUACCUGAAACUUUUUCUUGUGUUUGUCCAGGAUAUAUCACUGCUGUCUCAAUAUCUAGUACUGCUCUGAUCAAGGAAUUGCAGAACCAGCUUAUCCGGGUAGUUCUCAUUGAGGGUGAUCUCACAGAGAAUUAUCACCACCUGGGAUUUAGUAAGUCUACAAAUAUUAAAACAGUAUUAGAAAGCAUUAAGUUUCAGCAAGACAGCUCAGAAGAACUAUGGGCAAAUUGUGUAUUACAGGUAUUAAUCAAGUUCAAUGUGAACCUUGUCCUGGCACAAGGAAAUGUAUCUGAACACUUAAUAGAAAAAUGCACACAGAGCAAGCGAUUGGUAAUUGGUUCAGUGAACAGCAAUGUGAUGCAGGCUUUUGCAGAGGCUUCAGGAGCAGUACAGGUGGCCUACAUUACACAAGUGAAUGAAAACUGUGUGGGCAAUGGGGUCUGUGUGACCUUCUGGAGAAGCAUUUCUAUGGAUGUUAUAGAUAGUAGCAACAGAAUAGCAAUCAUGUUAAAAACAGAAGGAAUUAAUUUGGCUACAGUAGUGCUCACUAGCCUAGUCACUGCACAGAUGCAAAUCAAAGAAGAUAGGUUCUGGACUUGUGCCUAUCGUCUAUAUUAUUCUUUGAGAGACCAAAAAGUCUUCCUUGGAGGUGGUGCAGUUGAAUUUUUGUGUCUUAGCCAUCUUCAAAUUCUUGCAGAACAAGCUCUGAAUAAAGGAAACCAAACCUGUUCAGGAUGGCUUCAUAAUUCUUCCUCUUGGUUGACCUCAUCUCUGGCACUAUACAGACCAACUGUGCUUAAAUGCCUGGCAAAUGGAUGGCACAAAUACCUUUCAACUCUCAUAUGUAACACUGCCAGUUGCUCAUCAGAAUUUGAAGCCAGUGUAUUCAUUCAACAUCAUCUACAAAAUGCCACAAACUCUGGUUCUCUUUCAACUUACAUCUUGAAUGAAUAUUCUAAACUAAACAGUGGAAUUUUUAAUUCAGGCAGUUCAAGUAAACUGGAACAGAUUCCAAGAGUUUAUGACGUUGUUAUAACAAAGACUGAGGCAUGGCGCCGAGCUUUGGAUUUAGUAUUUUUGGUACUUCAGACAGACAGUGAAAUUAUUACUGGACUUGGACACACACAGAUAAAUUCCCAGGAAACAGAAGGCUUUUUAUUUUUGUAAUGUUAAUUGACUAAGUCUUAGGAAAAUAAUCUUUUGUAAUAUAUUAUGCUAGUAAUAAAUUUUCUAGUAGCAAA